UGGAAAUUAAACGAGUAUCAGUGAACCUAGUUAAGUCAAAACAGACAUGACAACUAGCACCUGUAUCAAUCACCCAAGCAGGAGCAGUCACAGGCAAACUAUUAUCAAUUCCCGCAGAAGAAACAAAAUGAUUAGAAACAGACAGAGUACCUAUUUCAAAAGGGUUUGUGGUAUGGGGAAUAAGAUGUGGUUGAGGCUUUAUCACUGAGACUGAACCAUCCGAGAGUUGUAAAGUGCUGCCUGAAACCUGAGAGAUCUGCUCAGUCACCGGCUUGGUGUUAAGAACACUGAGUAAUUUCUGAAUCUGAUCUGUCGUGACUGUCCCAAGAUGAACACCGUUGUGGUCAUGCAUAGAGAUACAACUAGUAUCCUGAGAAACGUUGUUCGCCACAUUAUCUUUCUUUGGUGGCCAAGAUUGCAGAGACUUUGAUGGAGCUGUCAUCUGCUGACUCUGAGCGUGUUGUUGUUGCUGCUGAUGCCUAGGAGUUGAACUUGGUAUCUUAUAACCCGGAGGAUAACCGUGAAGCUUGUAACAUCGGUUAACAGUAUGACCAAGAAGACCACAGUGGGAGCAGAUAGGUCGAUUCUUAGACUUAUUAUAACCUCCAGAGUAAGCAGCAACAAGAGAUUCAGUUGGAGUUGUAUCCUGAGAAGCUUGGAAAACCACAUUACUAGUAGACUUCAUCGAUCUCUGACGUUCCUCUUGAGAGCAAAGAUUGAAAACCUUUGUGAGAUUAGGUUUAGGCUCCAUCAUCAAGAUCUGUCCACGAGUGGCCGUAAAGGAAUCAUUAAGACCCAUGAGAAACUUCAGAACUUUAUCUUGUUCAUCACGCGUAUCAAUGUGCUUGCUACUAGCACAAUCUGGACUGCCACAGCAACAUGUAUACGGACUAUCAUGAUUCUUCAGUUCCUUCCAAAGCUGCUUGAGUUUCGUAUAAUAGUCACUGAUACUCUGAGUGUCCUGUAUCUCAGCAAAGAUCUGUUGCUUGAUGUCAGCAGUACGAGGACCAUCGCUUUGCUUGAACUGAUCAUGAAUGUCAAGCCACAUUUGACGCGCCGUAUCAAGAUACAUGAUGCUUCGAGAAAUCUGUUUAUCCACAGCAUUAACCAGCCAAGUACAAACGAUAUUGUUGCAACGUGACCAAGAUCCAUAGUCAGGAUGAUUCCUAUCUACCUCAGGAUACGUUCCAUCAACAAACACUGCCUUAUUUCUAGCACCUAAGGCCAUUAACAUCGAUCGUCGCCAGCUAUUGAAGUUACCGAGACCACUAAGUUUCUCAGAGACGAGAGAAAUACCAGCGUGAUCAGCAUGAUGAACAUAUAGCGGAUUCGCAUGAGGAUCGGAGAGCGACGGCGGGAUCGUAGAAGUCGGCGGAAUCGGAUUCAUGUGUUGAGACUCCAUGAAUCAACGAUACAAGAAAGGGAAUAUUGCGGCAAAGAGAACGCAAAUUCGAGGUCAAUGAAGGUAAAAGAACAAAGAAAGAAAGAUGAUCCGAGCAACAAUCCGAAAGAAGACGAUGAUCUGAGCACAGAGACGAUCGAUCAAAAUGAAAAUCCUCGGAUUGUAAGCAAAACUCAUCACCAAAAUCGAACAGAGAGAGAUGUGCGGAAGAAACGAGAUCAGAGUGGCUCUGAUACCAUAUUAGAGCUAGUGAAGCUCAAGCUUAAGCUCGAUGAAGAUGGUGACGAGAGGAAGAAGAAGAGAGUCAGUUAGAGAUUUAAAAUUGUAUAUUUGACUUAAUGAAAAAUGUAACAGUAUACAAUCUGUUUUAUAUGUACAUUGAAAACCGGUUUAAUCAUAUAUACAGAAUCCGGUUUAAUAACUCUAAUACGGACCGUCCCCUGGUUUCUUUAAAUUUGACCGGUUAGGUGUUCGGGUUCCUACAAUUAUGGUGUCACCUUGGAUUCAGAAAGGAACUGUGGUGAGUGAGGCAAAAGGGGCAACAGAGAGCUCAGAGUUCGAGCAUUCAUCAAUACCAGCGACCAUCAAGAAGCUCUUCAAUCUCUCUUCCAAUUACUUAACACAUAGAGAUGCUUGGGCUGCUACUUUUGAAGACGUGGUUGCUCACUUAACCUCUCCUCGAACCGAUUGUCCCAUGACUCUACCUGCCAUUGCACCCAUGAGAGCCACUGAGCCUAAAGAAGACGCAGCCCUAUCUGAGUUUCAGAGUGAAGUGGUUCAGCUUGCAGCGGUUCUCAAUGGCGAUCACUUCCUCAGUAGCUUCCCGGAUGAAGUUGGGAAGAAGAUGACUGUGAAACAAGCUCACGAGUAUGUCAAAGGAGCUACUUCUCGGUUCAUUAGAGCUAGCAAAGAAGCAAUGAAGCUUGGUGCCGAUAAAUCUGCCAUUGUCGAUAUGCGAUCUUCGCUCACUACACGGCCAUGCAACCUGUGACCGACGAACAAAAUGAUAACAAACCUUGUGAAAAUUUAUAGUUUUUUUUUUCUUGCAUUCUUCUUCCUCUCGUUUGAUCUGAAGAUGUGUGAUUUGAUGUUUGAAAACUGAAAUUAAGAAACAACGAAGCAGUUUAAAGUUCAUUGUUGGUAUCACUACGUA